AUGGGCACCCAUAUCAGCCGUGUCAAGUCUGUUGACCUCGAUUCCUGGACCGAUGAGCAACUGCAGAGCAUUCUGAGCUGGGGCAACGCGCGCGCGCAGAAAUACUGGGAGGCCAAGCUCGCUCCGGGCCACGUACCCUCCGAAGCCAAGAUCGAAAACUUUAUCCGCACCAAAUACGAACUUAAGCGAUGGGUCAUGGACGGCGGCAUACCAGAUCCCGCGACUCUCGACGUUGACGGUGACGACGACGUUCCACUGAGCAUUGUCAAGGAGAAGCAGGUCGUUGAGAGGAGGGAGUCGGUUCGCAAGGCAGGGCCCAGCUCUGCCGGACCCGGCACCGGCAACGUACCACCCAAGGCGCAGCCGGCCGCCCCUAAGACGACGAGUACUAAGGAUUCGCUGCUCGGGUUGGACUUCUUCGGCGAACCUGCAGCACCUCCCCGCCCUGCCAGCACUACCGGUACUGGUGGCGCCGCGGCUGCCAACUCGCGCCCGGACCUGAAGCAAUCGAUUCUCUCUCUUUACGCCACAGCACCGCGGCCACAAGCUCAGCAGCAGCAGCAGCAGGGCGGACAUGCCCAGCAGGGAUCUUUCGGUGGCAUGGCCUCGCCGACGUUCCAGCAACAAGGAUUCGGACAGCAACAGCAGCAGCAGCAGCAGCAGCAGCAACAGUCCUCGCUAGGAGGCAUGAACGACGCUUUUGGUAACCUCGGCUUCUCCAACACUACCAGCUCCAAGCCCGCCGCGGCAGACCCUUUCGCCAGUUUUGGCGCUCCCCAGGCCAGCAAACCCGCAAACCAGGCUUCCUCGAACGCUUUCGGUGGGCUGGGUGGUGGCAGCUUCUUCGAUUCCAAGCCCUCCGCGCCGGCAGCCUCCUCCCAUCAGCAGCAGUCCUCUAACAGCGGCUUUGGCGGCUUUGGGUGGUCGAGCUCGCCUGCACCGCCUACCGCCAACCCUGCUCAACCCAAGCCCGCUCAAUCCACCUCAACUAUGGGCGACCUUUUCGACCUCUCUUCCCCCGUGUCGAGCUCGACCCCGCCACCCAAGGCGACUUCUCCUCCUGUCAACAGCAAUUCUGUUUUCAACCUCUCCGCCCAGCCCAAGCCCUCUCAGCCGUCGCCGGCGCCAGCAGCCGUCUCGCCAGUCAUUGCUUCAUCCUCCAACUUUUCCGGCUCCGAUGUCUGGGGCUCUAGCGCCUGGGGCGCCCCUGAGCCCGCUGCGCCUGCCAAGGCGCCCGAAGCGCCCAAGGCGUCAACCGGCGACUUUGGGCGGCUGGGGGUGCGCCCCAGCAGCGCCUCAGGUGGCCUCGGGAGGGUUUUCGGCCCAACACCGCCCAUUGGUCCCGGUGCGGCAGGCGGCUUCAGCACGGCACCCAAGGUGUCGGGCUGA